CAAAGCCAGUGAGCAGAGAGAGACAGAGAGAGAUGGGCGCCCUGUGAUAGAGUGAUAGAAAGAACGAGUGUGGCUCCUUUCAUCCAGCGUUCACCCACCAGGUCUGUGCUGAGAAAGUGGAGCAUCAGCUGUGGAUCUUGGAGUUAAAGAGGGGAGAGGGGGUCUACAGCACGCUGGGGAGUGUGUGUGUGUGAGUGUGUGUGUGUGUGUGUGUGUGUCUGAGGUGUUAUGUAUGAAAAGCCCAUCAUGCUGAACCUCCAAAACACCUCUAACUGGACCAGCCCAGACAAUUGGUACCAUCAGACCAACACUAUAACCCCCCAGCAUGCAGCAGAUGGCUGCGUGGAGGAUAUGAACCUGCGGAUGGUGGGAGGAGCGGAGAGAGUUGUGCAGGGAGAGAGGGACGAAGCAGACGAGUCUCAGCUCCACCUGCAGCUGAAGAGAAAGCUCCAGAGGAACCGCACCAGCUUCAGCCAGGAGCAGAUCGAUGCUCUGGAGAAAGAGUUUGAAAGGACACAUUACCCAGAUGUCUUUGCCAGAGAAAGACUGGCAGCCAAAAUUGACCUUCCUGAAGCUCGUAUACAGGUGUGGUUCUCCAAUCGGAGAGCUAAGUGGAGGAGGGAGGAGAAACUGAGGAACCAAAAGAGGUUAGGGGGCGGGACUUCCUGUUCCCAAACGCACACACCACUGAGCACAUCCUUCAACUCACCUGUCUAUCACUCUCACCACAGCAACAGCUCUGCCUCAAUACAUACUCGGAGUGAUGCCUCUCUCUCCGGUUACGGCUCUCUCUCUGUGUUCUCCAGCGUGCAGUCUUUGCCCCCUCAGUCCACCCCAUCUUACUCCAGCAUGCUGACUCCCUCUCCAUCUGGUCCUCCUCCUCUACCUCGUAAAUUUGACUCCACCUCCUACCCCUCCCCUCACCUCCCUCCACCUCCCACAGCCAGUGCAAAUACAGGUUUUCUCCCCGGCGUGUCAGUCACAGGGCCGGUAGCCGUGCAGGCCAGUGAUCAGGACAUGGGUCAGGGUCUGGGUCAGUACUGGACCAGGCUGCAGUGAGAGAGAGCAAAGCUGACCACGCAGAUGAGAAAAACCAGCACAACUGAACACCAUGCAAUCCAGUCUGGAACGCCUCAGAACUGCUACGGCAGUGACCUCAACCCCGUUAUCGACCGAAACCACUGCCACCGCACAGCUCCCUUGACCGCCCAGCACCACUUGACAUACAACCAAGAACUUCUACUGCAGCAGAGGAAUCAGGGAAGCCAUUACUAGCCAUAUGUCACCACACUGACCAAUUGCACAAGUGCAGAGAAAAGAAAUAUAAAAAUGGAUAAGCUCUGAAUGCAAUGCACACCAGCAUAGAGACGACAAAAGGACAACUGUGAGAGUUUUGCACUGUGGAUUUUACCACUCAUAGCUAACGUAACACAACAACCAAGCUUGAUUUGCUAAACAUUAACUAGGACCUCUCUAAAUAUACAGUACAGUGCAGAAGUCAGAGACCACCAGCCAAAAAAGCCAUUAAGUACAAGUUAUUCAUUUUUCAGCAGAUGCUUCUGAGGAGAUUAGAUAAGGGAAGAGAAAUAUAUGAUAAAAACAAGAGCGAAAAUGAUCAAUAGCUACUGAGAAAAUGGGCCUCCUAACAACCACGUGGAAGACCUGGUAGACACCAAAACUACUCCCAUCUGAUAAA